AUGGCGUCUCCUGCCCGGAGUAACCACGUGUGGGUAGGAUCCGAGACGGGCAUUUUGAAAGGCAUCAACCUUCAAAAGAAACAGGCUACAAACUAUAAGCUGGGGGAUGGAAUGCUCAGUCGACAUGAAGCUGUUACCACCAUGUGUUGGGGGGAUCCUUAUGAGUCUGAGAUCUUUGUGGGAUGCCUUGAUGGAUCGGUCAAGUUAUUUAGCACUGAGAAGGGCAAGUUUACAGAGUCGCGAGACUGUCAAGGAGGCGAGGGACCUUUCUGUGGCCUGGCUAUACUUGAUGGCUCCCUCAUCACCUGCGUGCAGUCUGGCUUGCUGAAGGUUUGGCGGGACACUUCAUCAGAAAAAGUGGAGAUCCAGGUGGGCCCUGGCGUGUGCCGCAUGCGCCAGAACCCUGAGCAGCUGCACCGCGUGGCCACUGGUGGGAAGGAGAACUGCCUCAAAGUGUGGGAUCUACAUCAGCCACAGGAGCCCAUCUUCAGAGCCAAAAAUAUGCGGAAUGACUGGCUUGAUCUGAGGGUGCCCAUCUGGGACCGGGACAUGCAGUUCCUGCCUGGAUCGGAGAAGAUUGUUACCUGCACAGGGUAUCACCAGGUCCGCCUUUAUGACCCCAGCUGCCCACAGCGCCGCCCUGUGUUGGAGGCCACCUUUGGCGAGCAUCCGCUCACUGCCCUCUCGUUGACUUCUGACGGAAAUGCUGUAGUCGUGGGCAGCUCGCGAGGGGACGUGGCAGUCAUAGAUCUGCGACAAGGGCGGUUGGCGAAGUGCCUCAAGGGUUUUGCUGGAAGCGUCCGCGCCAUCCAGUGCCACCCUGCACUGCCACUGGUGGCCUCGUGCGGGCUGGACCGCUUCCUCCGCGUACACAGCCUGCACCACAAGCGCCUGGAGCAUAAGGUCUAUCUGAAAUCUCGGUUGAACUGCCUGCUGCUGACCAGCCAAGAGAAGUGGGAGGACGAGGACCUGGACUCUUCAGCUGAUCUCCAGAGUGACGUGAAGGAGGAGGAGGACGAAAUCUGGAACUCCAUGGAAGUGGUGGCCAGCAAGCAGAAAGCAGAACCACAGCCGUGCUCCGAGUCGGGGAGCGAAGAGCCCCCAAAGGACAAGCCUUUGAAAAAGCGGAAGAAAAUUAGAAAAGCAGAAUCCUGAUGUGGGUUGGGGUGG